CCAUAUUUCCUCCUCUGGGUGACGAAAUAGUUUUAAUCUAUUCUCUUUUCUACAAAGUAUAAACAUAUAAUAUCGAAAAGGAUUUAAUAAAUAUAUUUGAAAUGCCAACGAUACAUAUAAACGUGAGGAAACUCGCCACAUUUCUACAGUUGGGUCUCGUCAGCGUGAUAAUCUAUUAUGGAAUGAAACUUGUAAUUGACAGUUUAGAUUCAACGAGAAAACGACCAGGACAAUUGACACAAAAAGAGGCUGAUCAGUUGUUACAAAAGAUUGGUUUGAAAGGGAUUCGGUUAACAGAUCAUGAGUUAUCAUUAGCAUCAACAGUUAUAGAUCCAUUGACAAUUCCUGUCAGUUGGAAAGACAUUGGUGGUCUGGAUUCCCUAAUCAAGGAUUUAAAGGAGACAGUUAUUUUGCCAAUGAGGCAAAGGUCUCUAUUUAAGAAGUCACAUCUUCUCUCUGCCCCAAAAGGGGUUUUAUUAUAUGGACCUCCGGGUUGUGGGAAAACAAUGGUUGCUAAGGCCACAGCAAGAAAUGCAGGUUGUCGUUUCAUAAAUGUCCAAGUGUCUACUCUGCAUGACAAAUGGUAUGGCGAAUCGCAGAAGUUAGCUGCAGCUCUUUUCUCACUGGCAAGAAAAUUGGCUCCUUGUAUAGUGUUUAUAGAUGAAAUUGAUUCAUUCCUGAGAAGUCGUUCCCUUCACGACCAUGAGGUCACUGCAAUGGUGAAAGCACAGUUUAUGAACAUGUGGGAUGGUCUUCAAACAGAGGAGGAUUGUCAGGUGAUGAUAAUGGGUGCUACUAAUAGACCAGAGGAUGUAGACACAGCAAUUCUAAGAAGAAUGGUUGCUGCAUUUCAUGUUGGUCUGCCUGACGGAAAGCAAAGAGAAUCAAUUCUAAAGAUCAUUCUUGCAAACGAAAGGGUGGAGGAAGAUUUUGAUUACGGCCAUAUUGCAUCUCUAACGGAAGGUUGUUCUGGGAGUGAUAUAAAAGAAUUAUGUCGAAGCGCCGCAAUAGGCUGUGUCAGAGAGUAUUUAUCAGGUUUUGAGUGCGAUGAAGACUAUGCAAAUCUAGAAAAACUGGAUGAAGUGACUAUCAGAAACAUUAAUACGAAAGACAUGGAAGCAGCUAUCGAGAAGUGCAAACCACUUUUUGUUCAUCAUAAAUCUCGAACUGAAGCACAGAAGUAGCUUUCCUAUAAUUAUAA